UUAACUGAGCGGGUCAUCAGUUGGCUGAUAGAAAGAGAGUAAAAUGAAGGCUUUGGGAAUAGCCGUGGCAGCUGUUUCUACGCAGAACACCAUUCGCCCUUAUCUCUUCAAUUUCCGAAACCGGAGUCCUCAACGUACUCUCCUUCGUUCAUCCCUCCCCCUCUUUCUUCCAGCCUUGAAACUCAAGGGAUUCUCCAUCUUCUCCGCUCAACAACCGCCGCCUCCGGCGUCAGGGUUGUACGCCGGAGUUACAACAAUGGUGGAACAGUCGGCAUAUCUACCGUCGUCGGUCCAAGUGAAAGACCAUAUUGAUAUAACGCCGAAGGAGGAGCAGAUAUUCAACCGCCUUCUUCAAGUUGUCGAGCACUAUAAUCUCGGAACACAGCUUCGUGUUGCUGGUGGUUGGGUUCGCGAUAAGCUACUAGGUAAAGAGUGCUAUGAUAUUGAUAUUGCCCUAGACAACAUGUAUGGACGAGAAUUCUGUGGGAAAGUGAAUGAGUACUUAUCAGCAUUCGGUGAGGAAACCCAAGGAGUUGGUGUAAUCCAGUGCAAUCCUGACCAGUCAAAGCACCUGGAAACAGCAAGGAUGCGCCUUUUUGAUGUAUGGAUUGAUUUCGUCAACUUAAGAGCGGAGGACUACAUUGAGAACAGUCGUAUUCCAACAAUGAAAUUUGGCACGGCAAAACAGGAUGCAGAACGCAGGGAUUUGACCAUUAAUAGCUUAUUUUACAACAUUAAUACCAGAUCAGUCGAAGAUCUUACAGAAAGAGGCAUUGCAGAUCUGAAGUCUGGAAAAAUUGUCACCCCACUAUCUCCAAAGCAGACUUUUUUGGAUGAUCCCCUAAGAGUCCUUCGAGCUAUUCGUUUUGGUGCAAGGUUUGGGUUUAUAUUAGAUGAAGAACUAAAGAAGGCAGCUGCAGAUGAGGAUGUGAGGGUUGCUAUUGCUGAUAAAAUUAGCAGAGAACGCAUAGGACAAGAAAUUGAUCUUAUGAUAUCUGGCGAUCAACCAGUCAAAGCAAUGACUUACAUUGCUGACUUGAAAUCAUUUUGGGCUGUAUUUAGUCUUCCUUCUGAUUUCGAGCCAUCAAUUCCUGAUGGAUGUGAUAGGCUGUGUGUUGCUUGCUUGGAUUCAGUUUGGAAGCUUUUGAACCUAAUUGGACGCUCGUCAUUUUCUGAUGAUCAAAGGAGACUUUGCCUGUAUGCUGCUUUAUUUUUGCCAUUCAGAGAGACCGUUUAUAGAGAUAACAAAGCCAAAAAGAUUCCAGUGGUCAAUUAUAUUUUUCGCAAUUCUCUCAAGUUGAAGGCCAUUGAUGCGGAAACAGUCAUAAGCUUGCAUGCUAUAACUAAGAAGUUUGUCACCUUAAUUCCAUUACUUGUUUCAAAAGAAGAUAUCCAGGUUCUUGAAGUUGAUUGGAAAAGAGAUACCAUUGAGGUUCCAAUUGCUUCAAAACUUAGAAUAUUGACUGGCUUCCUACUCCGAGAAAUUAAAGAAUUUUGGCGCGUUGCUCUUCUUCUAUCUAUGCAGUUAUAUCCUGUUGACAUUGUGUCUACCAGUUUCUCAAAUGAUAACUUUGAACUGGACAAGAGAAAUGGAAUAUUUAAGGAAGUGGAGAAUGCAGUAAGAACAUUAGGUCUGGAGAAGGUUUGGGAAUUGAAACCACUAGUUAAUGGAAAGGAAAUUAUUGACAUUUUGGAGAUGAAAAAUGGAGGGCCAGUUGUGAGAGAAUGGCAACAAAAAUUACUGGAGUGGCAGCUCGCACAUCCCUCUGGUACUGCUAAAGAAUGCCGUGAUUGGAUGGAGCAAAAACAGUCAAAACGUCCAAGAACCGAGUAGUUUUCAACUAGGAUUGUAACAUGAAAGUUAAAUCAUAUACAAUGGGUGAUCUCAGGCACAGUAAGAGAAGUACUGCAUAGCUAGUUUUGUACUAGAAGGAAGAGAGGACAUGGGGUGUGAGAUGUUGGUCCACUAGCCCUUAUGGGUCGUAUUCAGAGAGAAAUAGGAGAGCGCUUGAUGGAACAGAAAAGGAUUUUGUUCAUCCUUUUAGUGCAUCCUUGAGGUUUUGGUAGAUAUAGAAUAUUGGGUGUCAUUUGUAGAAAAUAAUAUCAUUUUUCUUUUUGUUGGUAUACUCCUUAAAUAGAGGUCUUUUUUGUGCCCAUUA